AUGUUUGCCACUCCAUCAGACACGUUUGCCGACUUCUACGCCAAACUGACAGAGUUUGGACAGGCGACUGGUUCACGCUUUGUAAAGUGCCGCUCAAAACAGUUUGAUCCCGACGAUCCGCGCAGGGACACCCUCGUCUACAAGAGGGUUACAUUUACGUGCUUCCGAUACGGUGCCUGCCGCUGGCAGUCCAAGUCUAAGACCGUAAAAGUGGGUUGCCCCGUGCGCAUUGAAGUCAAUAGUUCACAGGGCUGCCUGAAAGUCUCCUCCUUCGAGUUGAAUCACAAUCACAUUCAAAUGUUGGAGGCCGGCGGUCUCUCUGCCGAUUGCGCCAGCGUGACUACCGUAAAACCAGAUCCUACCAUCCCACCCCCACUACCUCCACCGGAAAACGGAAGAAAGAGUUUGGAUGAAAAGCCGGGGACGCCAGAUCAAACCACGGAUAACCUCUCCACCAGUCUAAUUAUGACUCCAACGGAGGAAAAGUUACACCGGCUUCUAAAUACAAGCUCUGCGCUGACUAUCAGCUGA